AUGGCCACGGAGGAACGAAGCGAAGCGCAGCAGGAACAGGUCGACGAAAAUGGCCUCCUGCCUGGAGGAUUCCACCCGUUCCGGCCCGUGCUGGGCACCAAUGACUUCUCCAAUGUCGAGACCAACCAUGCGCGGCCACUGACCGACGCCGUCAUCACGGUUCGCGUCAUCAAAAGCUUUGCAUAUCGGUCCAUGAAGGCACUUGUCCUGCGCGGAAUCGAUCUGACGAGCAUGACCGUCGAGGAGCUAAAGGAGCGGUGCAAGGAAGAGGUGGGCAAGCAGCCGGCUUUCAAGGCUUUUCGCAGCGCCAAGGAUCGCUUGGAUACACUCAAGAUCUACACUCGGGCUCAUGGCGCCAAGACGACUAAUCUCAUCAUCAAUCUCGACCACACAGAUUGGAUUCUCAAUGACGGUUCCAAGAAGCUCCAGGAGCUCGGCCUGGGUGAGUCUCCAUCGCACAAAGACCACAGGCGACGUACGCUCACAUGCUCACACGAAACGCUUGUAUUAAUUCAUUCGAACAUUUAUCGCUAUUCAGAAAACGAGGCAGAACUGAGCUUCUUCAACAGAGAUGACUACGAGGAAUUUCUGAAGGACCCCGAGACUAAGUGGUAGGGAAACGACUAUAUGGACAGCGCGACGGCAGAGCAAAGCAUCAUGUACUCUAGAGGCACACGCUUCACAUCAAUACAGUCACAUCAGAUAGAGACCCAUGCGCACAGCAUAGGUAUCGAUGCUAUGAAAUGAUGCUGCUGCUGUUGCUGCUACUGAUGUUGGUACAGUGUUGAGAGAUGAUGAAGAAGGGGAUAUAUGGUUACAAGCUUCAAUCCUAACGACCUCUUCCCCUGAAAUUACCUCGACUCCCACCUCCUCGUCCUCUCCAUCCUCGAUCGCCACCUCCCCCACCGCCACGGAAGGGAGGCCUGAAG